GCGGUUUGACAGUUUCGGUCUGACGUGUUUUUCACUCCCUUCGAGGAUUGUUCUCGGGUCGAAAUCGAUUCCGUGGCCGUUUUGUGUAAUUCCUUGCCAGUUAAUUAUGCUGGUUCUGUGUUAAUUUGCUUGAAAAGUGUUGGAAAACAGUCAUCUGCUAGCGGGACAUUGGAAAUUUUAAAGCGAUGACGACCUACGAGGAGUUCAUCCAGCAGAACGAGGACCGCGAUGGCAUCCGGUUUACGUGGAACGUUUGGCCGUCGAGUCGAAUCGAUGCCAGUCGGCUGGUGGUCCCUCUUGGGUGCCUCUAUCAGCCCCUGAAAGAGCGGCCGGAUUUGCCCCCUAUUAUGUACGAUCCGGUUGUGUGCACCAGGACCACUUGCCGGGCGAUUCUGAACCCGAUGUGCCAGGUGGAUUACCGGGCCAAGCUGUGGGUGUGCAACUUCUGCUUCCAGAGGAAUCCAUUUCCGCCGCAGUACGCGGCCAUUUCCGAGCAGCACCAGCCGGCGGAGUUGAUUGCCGGAUUCAGUACCAUCGAGUACACGAUUACCCGGGCACCUUGUUUGCCUCCGGUGUUCCUGUUCGUGGUCGACACCUGCAUGGACGAAGAAGAGUUGAACGCUUUGAAGGAUUCGCUUCAGAUGUCGCUGAGUUUACUUCCGGCCAAUGCCCUGGUUGGGCUGAUUACCUUCGGCAAGAUGGUUCAGGUUCACGAGCUCGGUACGGACGGUUGCUCCAAAAGCUACGUGUUCCGCGGAACAAAAGACCUGUCCGCCAAACAGAUUCAGGAUAUGCUAGGAAUCGGACGUGGGCCGGGACCAAAUCAGCCCGGACAACCCCAACAACAGAUGAGGGUUCCCUCGGGUCCGGUUCCGCCGGCAAAUCGCUUUUUGCAGCCGCUUCACAAGUGCGACAUGGCCCUGACCGAUUUGCUGGGAGAGCUGCAACGCGAUCCAUGGCCCGUUCAACAAGGGAAGCGAUUCCUUCGGUCUACCGGUGCUGCGCUGUCGAUUGCCGUUGGUCUUUUGGAGUGCACCUAUCCCAACACCGGAGCUCGGAUUAUGAUGUUCCUCGGUGGCCCGUGCUCUCAGGGACCCGGUCAGGUGGUCGACGAUGAGCUAAAGCAUCCGAUCCGUUCGCAUCACGACAUCCAGAAGGACAAUGCCAAGUUCAUGAAGAAGGCGAUCAAACACUACGAGGGCCUUGCGCUGCGAACGGCUACCAACGGGCACUGCAUCGACAUCUACUCCUGCGCCCUCGAUCAAACCGGUCUGAUGGAGAUGAAGCAGUGCUGCAACUCCACCGGAGGUCACAUGGUCAUGGGAGAUUCGUUCAACUCUUCGCUUUUCAAACAGACGUACCAGAGAGUAUUCGCAGUGGAUCAGAAGGGCGAUCUGAAGAUGGCCUUCAACGGCACCUUGGAGAUUAAGUGUUCUCGAGAGCUGAAGAUCGAGGGCGGAAUCGGAUCGUGCGUGUCGCUCAAUGUGAAGAAUGCAUCCGUGUCCGAUUCGGAGAUUGGCAUGGGCAAUACGGCGCAGUGGAAGCUCUGCACGAUGACGCCCAACAGCACGAUGGCCUUUUUCUUCGAAGUGGCCAAUCAGCAUGCGGCGCCGAUUCCACAGGGCGGACGAGGUUGCCUACAGUUCAUCUCCCAGUAUCAACAUUCCAGCGGUCAGCGGAGGAUUCGGGUUACCACCGUGGCGCGAAGCUGGGCCGAUGCGACAUCCAAUCUGCACAUGAUCAGUGCCGGAUUCGAUCAGGAAGCCGCAGCUGUGCUCAUGUCCCGGAUGGUCGUCUAUCGGGCUGAGUCUGAUGAUGGUCCGGAUACCCUCCGUUGGGUCGAUCGUCAGUUGAUCCGCCUCUGUCAGAAAUUCGGCGAAUACGGCAAAGAUGAUCCAAACAGCUUCCGCCUGGCGGAGAACUUCUCACUGUUCCCGCAGUUUAUGUACCAUCUCCGGAGGUCGCAGUUCCUCCAGGUCUUCAAUAACUCCCCGGACGAAACGACCUUCUACCGGCACAUGCUCAUGAGAGAAGACCUAACUCAAUCGUUGAUCAUGAUUCAGCCCAUCCUUUACUCGUACUCCUUCAACGGUCCGCCGGAACCUGUCCUGCUGGACACCUCGUCGAUCCAGCCGGAUCGGAUCCUCCUCAUGGAUACCUUCUUCCAAAUCCUUAUUUUCCACGGCGAAACCAUUGCCCAGUGGCGAAGCCUCAAGUAUCAGGACAUGCCCGAGUACGAGAACUUCAAGCAGCUUCUGCAGGCGCCGGUGGACGACGCCCAGGAGAUCCUCCAGACGCGUUUUCCCAUGCCGCGGUACAUCGACACGGAGCAGGGCGGAUCACAGGCGCGCUUCCUGCUGUCCAAGGUCAACCCUUCGCAGACGCACAACAACAUGUACGCGUACGGACAGACGGCUGCUCCCAUGGCGGAUGGCGGCGCCCCGGUUCUCACCGAUGACGUCUCGCUGCAAGUAUUCAUGGAGCAUCUCAAGAAGCUGGCCGUUUCAUCCACCACCUAAUCACGGUUGCUCAAACGUGAAAUUAUUAGAGAUCAUUUAAAACCAAUUCAGCAUGUUGAAAGUGAUGUCAGAUCUAGAUUUUUAUCAAAUACAGUAUGUACCAAUGGGUAUCCAACAGAAAUCACAGACGAUAUGAUAUUCAACUCGAACUACAUAAUAGGUACCCUACUAUAUGAUGAUGAUUGUGAGCAUCCAAGAUAACAGGAAAAACAGACGACGAAGGCGCGACGAUGGUUUUCAAUUGUGUAAAUUAAAUGUGUCACGCAACUUUUGACGAGGCAGAAUGAGAGGGACGACCAAUUUGAGUCAUUGACUGGCGACGACGGACAGCAAAUUGAAGAAAUGAUAAUUGAUGAAAACAUAUAACUAGAUUAUUUGAACGUUGGUGAACGCAACUACCUAUUAUUACUGCUUAAGCCUAAAUAAAUUGAAAAAAAAAAUGGGA